AUGAUCUCCGCUGCACCUCCUACUAACUUACUGCCUCCUUGCCGGUCGGCGCAUACACGAGUAUCACGCCGCGCUCAAGUCGCAGGCAUGGCCUCCGCUCCACCUCCUACUAACUCACUGCCUCCUUGCCGGUCGGUCCAUACACGGGUAUCACGCCGCGCACAAGUCGCAGGUGUGAUCUCAGCUGCACCUCCUACUAACACACUGCCUCCUUGCCGGUCGGUCCAUACACGGGUAUCACGCCGCGCACAAGUCGCAGGUAUGAUCUCAGCUGCACCUCCUACUAACACACUGCCUCCUUGCCGGUCGGCCCAUACACGGGUAUCACGCCGCGCUCAAGUCGCAGGCAUGGCUUCCGCUGCACCUCCUACUAACUCACUGCCUCCUUGCCGGUCGGUCCAUACACGGGUAUCACGCCGCGCUCAAGUCGCAGGCAUGGCCUCCGCUGCACCUACUACUAACUCACUGCCUCCUUGCCGGUCGGCCCGUACACGGGUAUCACGCCGCGCUCAAGUCGCAGGCAUGGCCUCCGCUACACUUCGUACUAACUCACUGCCUCCUUGCCGGUCAGCCCAUACACGGGUAUCACGCCGCGCUCAAGUCGCAGGCAUGGCCUCCGCUGCACCUCCUGCUAACUUACUGCCUCCUUGCCGGUCGGCGCAUACACGAGUAUCACGCCGCGCUCAAGUCGCAGGCAUGGCCUCCGCUGCACCUACUACUAACUCACUGCCUCCUUGCCGGUCGGCCCGUACACGGGUAUCACGCCGCGCUCAAGUCGCAGGCAUGGCCUUCCGCUACACUUCGUACUAA